AACAAAACACCACUUUCAAUUAGGAAAAGGAUUCAAUAUUUUAAGGCAAGUUAACCCUUGUAUUUCACGUCAAUGAACUAAGAUGAUGAACAUAACAGACAAAACUACUAGUACUACAGUAAGAGUUGAACCAAGUCUUGGUCUUUCUUCAUUUUCUUCUCUUCUUUCAUACUUGAGAAAAGAAAAAAACUGCAGAUGAGUGUGAAAGAAGAAACAUUAAUCAUAGAGGUGUCCUCUGAUCAACAAUCAAUUAUUACAACAGAUGACACUAUGGGUUCAGAAUAUUCAUCUGCUCAAGAACAACUCUUAGAAUUUAUGGAGAAACUGAGUUCAAUUCUCACUGAAUUGAAAGAUGAUAAAAGGGUUAUUAUGACCAACAGUACUCCUAUUCAGAAAGCCAUUGAAUCACUUGAAGUCGAUUUUAAACGUGCCGAGGCCUUAUUGAAAAGCAGCCAAUUCUCCCCUGCUGCACAUGAUGAGCAACACAUACAAUUACAAGUAAUUGUGCAGAAUCUUGCAAGGGCUUUAGGCCUUGUGCUUUUUGCUAGUCAUGACGUUGUCGAAAUUACUAACAAGGUUGAGAUUGAGACACUGAGAAGAGAGAUGAUGAAGAUGAGUAGUGUUAAUAAGCCUAGUUUGAUCAUGAGUUCAGAUGAAUCCGAGUUCUCAUCAUAUGAUCGAGAGAUAGUGGAAGAAGAAGACGAUCGAAUAACUUUAGAUGUCGAUGAUAUUGUUGUUCAAAUCAAAUAUAGUGAUGCUGAAAAUCUUAAGUGUGCGCUCCAUGGAUUGAAUACAUUGGUUUUGGAUGGUAUGGUUACUAAAGAAAGGGUUCAUCAUGAAGAUAUGAUCCCCGUUCUGUUUAAUCGAUUGAGUUCAAGUAAAGCUGACCAUAGAUUGAUCAUACUCAGAAUACUAAAAGCCCUGGUCGCUCAAGACGAGGAACAUAAGGAAAAGAUGGCAGAAAUGGGAAAUUUAUCGAUACUGGUGAAGUCGUUGGGUCGUGAUUUGGAAGAGCAAAAAGAAGCAGUGGGGUUGUUGGUGAGUCUCUCUAAUGUUGCUGCAGUUAAGAGAAGAGUUGGGAGAAUCCAAGGCUGCAUUGUAAUGUUGGUUGCAAUUUUUAAUGGAGAUGAUCAAAUGGCUUCUCAUGAUGCUGCCAACUUGUUAAAUUCUUUAUCAGGCAAUACUCAAUAUGCUCUUCAUAUGGCUGAGGCUGGUUACUUCAAGCCUCUUGUACACUACUUGAACCAAGGAUCCGAUAUGAGUAAGAUUCUAAUGGCAACAGCACUUUCUAGAAUGGAGUUGACAGAACAAAAUAGAGCUAGCCUUGGACAAGAUGGAGCCAUUGAACCCCUAGUGAAAAUGUUCACAACCGGGAACCUAGAAGCUAAGCAAUCUUCUCUAAACGCGUUGCACAACUUAUCUGGCUCGAAAGCAAACGUUCAGCGUCUGAUAAGAUCAGGCAUCGUUUCAACUCUACUACAGCUUCUUUUCUCCGUGACAUCGGUGCUCAUGACUCUAAGAGAGCCAGCAUCCGCGAUUCUUGCAAAAAUUGCAGCUCAAUCGGAAGCUGGCAUUGUACUAGUGAAACAAGAUGUUGCGCAGCAGAUGCUUUCGCUCCUUAAUCUGACUAGUCCAGUAAUCCAGUGUCACUUGUUAGAAGCACUUAAUGCUAUUUCUGCACGUCCGAAUGCCUCAAGGGUCAGAAGAAAAAUGAAGGAAAAUGGCGCUGUUCGCCUUCUCUUGCCAUUCCUAACAGAAAACCGCAAAACCGAGAUAAGGAAUGGAGCUUUAAAUUUGAUUUACGUAUUAUCUAAUGACAUGAAAGGUGGAGAGCUAAUGGAACAACUAGAAGAAAUGCAUCUGAAUACAUUGAUAAAUGUCGUUUCAUCAUCUUCAACAACAGAUGAUGAAAAGGCCGCUGCUAUUGGUAUACUAAGCAAUUUUCCAGUGAGUGAUAAGAAUGUCACGGAUGUGUUUAUGAGAGCAAACUUAUUGCCCAUUUUGAUUUCCAUAAUAAUGUCUUGUACUCCUACAACAUCACGAUUAUUGGCUGAGAACAUAGCCGCAAUAUUAAUCCGAUUUACUCUUCCUUCGGAUAAGAAACUACAACAGUUUUCUGCUGACAAUGGGGUGAUCAAUGCUCUGGUAAAGCUGCUCACGUGUGGUUCGAUAGUUGCCAAAUCUAGAGCUGCAACAUCUCUAGCUCAACUAUCUCAAAACUCAUUCGUUCUGAGAAAAUCGAGAAAAUCAAGAUGGUUUUCUUGUGCCCCUCCUCAUCCUACAGAUGGUUUUUGUAGUGUACAUGAUUGUCAUUGCUCUACAAGAAGCACAUUUUGCUUGGUAAAAGCAAGGGCAGUGCCUCUGUUAGUCGAAAUAUUACAAGGCAACGAAAGGGAAGCCGAUGAAGCUGCACUAACUUGCCUCGCAACAUUAUUACAGGAUGAGAUUUGGGAAAAUGGGAGCAAUUUCUUAGUGAAAAUGUCAUGUGUACAACCAAUUAUCAAGAAUCUUGAAGAAGGGAUGAGUCUGAAAGCUCAAGAGAGAUCACUUUGGAUUUUGGAAAGGAUUUUCAGAGUGGAGGCUUAUAGAGUUGAGUAUGGUGAAUCUGCACAAGUGGUGCUCAUUGAUCUAGCACAGAAUGGUGACUCAUUGUUGAAACCUACAGUGGCUAAACUGUUAGCACAACUUGAGCUCUUGCAACCCCAAUCAAGUUACUUUUGAGACAUCAUGUUAAUGAGUUUCUUUUUGUAUACUUCAAAUAUUUGUUGAUUGAUUGAAAUAUUGAAAUUGUACAGUGCUUAUACUGAUAAACAUUUUCAGUUGCGA